UCACCAUGGCGAACAAACAAGGGAAGAUGGCCGGUUACAUUAACUACCGGAUGAGGGUCACAGUCGUUGAUGGCCGUCAGAUGGUCGGCCAGAUGCUCGCAUUCGAUAAGCACAUGAACCUCGUACUCGCCGAUACCGAAGAGUUUCGACGCGUCAAGCGCAAGCAGAACAAGUCCGCAGUUCCUGGGUCAAGCGGAUCCACUGGCCAGGUCAUCGAAUCGGAAGAGAAACGAACGCUCGGUCUUACUAUCGUACGCGGAGCGCAGAUUGUUUCGCUAUCGGUCGAGUCGGAGCCUCCAGCAGAUCCCAGUGCUCGACUUGGAAAGACAACGACUGGCGGGAUUCCCUCCACUCUGGCUGCCGGUCCUGGUGUCGCUCGCCCUGCAGGUAGGGGAGCUGUAGCGCCCCCAUCUUUAGCCGGUCCAGCUGUUGGCGUCGGCGGCGCCGUACCGCCUCCUGGAAUGCCUCAAUUCCCCGGGGCUCCUCCCUUCCUUGGACGUGGAGGCCCUCCACCUGGCUUCCCUCCUACGUUCGCUCCACCAGGUUUCCCUGGCGCUCCAGGCGGCGGAUUCCCUCCUGGAUUCCCACCUGGUCCUCCUGGUGCACCCGGAGCCCCUGGUGCCCCGCCUGGAUUCAACCCCCCUCCUAGAAGAUGAGAGUAUUUAUUGGCUUUGUCGGAAAUGGCGACCAGUUGCAUUUUCCCCCCAGGUUGUGUUAUUUGGCGUUUGGGUGGUCAAAGUAUACCAGCUACCAUGCUGGGCAGGAAAGCGCAGGCAGUGUAGCGCAAGUCCCACGCUCUAGAAAUGAAAACGGGACCGAAUAUGAACAUCGAUCGCUCUUGGAACAAUCUUUGGUAUCUUAAACACGAGGUAGACGAGAUCCCACAAUUAUUACCCUUGCCUCAUGCCCAGGGUCAUAAUGAUCAGAAAUCGGCUCGUAUCAUACGUCUCCUGACUGCUUAGUUGCCGUAUGGUUUUAACUCGCA